CCGAGCAAAAUCGUAAAAUUGCAAAUUCAGCAAAAAUUGAAGUCUCCAUUACAUUAUCGAUUCAAAGCCUCCGCCCGUCUCCAUUGCAUUAUCGAUUCAAAGCCUCAAUCCAACGGAACCAACUAACUUUCGUUUUCUUUUCCUUUUUCCCUUUCUAUUUUCUUUUCUUUUUUUUUUCUCACCAACCAAACAAUGUUUUCUGUCCCCCUCUCAAUCUCAAUUCUCAACCGUACAAAUUAGGGUUUCCAUUACUACUACCCUCUAUUCUUCGUUCGACUCUCCCUCUCCUUCUGGAAAGAAAGAUGUCCGCAAGUCUCCAAGUCAGCACCAACUCUUCCCUCUCUACCCCGAGCCUUCCUGCUAAAACCAAUGGCCAUAAUUUGCUCGACUCCGAGUGCCAAGCACCCUGGUUCGUCGCCGUUCUGGUCGUCUUCUCCGUCCUCUUCGUGGUCUACCUUGCCGCCCAUGCCAAGAAGAACCUGAAGAAGCUCUACACCCGUCGCUCCUACGUUACGAUUUCCUAUUAUGCCCUCCUCUGGCUCGUUACCGCUCUCAACCUCGGUUGGUCGUCUCUCCAGACAUGGCAAUGCUCUCCGGGGAAGGAGGUGGGGUGGAAUCUCCUUUCGUUAUUCACAACAUCUGGGAUGCUUUGUUUGGAGAUUAGCUUGUUGGCUUUCUUACUUCAGGACGAUUAUGCUAGUGGGUUGGAUGCUUUAGCACAUAACUUCGCUGUCUCAGGGAUCAUUGUAGGGAUGGAUAUGCUUCUUAAGGUAAUUUAUGUAUUUGGGUUUGGGGUUCCUCUGUUCCUCGAUGGUGUUGGAAGUACAAAUAAGGUGAAGUGGGGUUUAUGGAUCAUGCAUAAGCUAUUGCUAACUGCAGCUUACGGCUACAUUUUGUUUGUGCAUUUCUCAAAAUCGAGAGACAGUCUGCAUCCCAGACCAGCAUUCUACAAUUACAUCGUGAUAAUGUUUACAGUUAGUGCAGUAGCAUUAUUUGGAUGUGGGCUUGCCGUGAUGGGGGCCAGCUUCGGGAUUUGGUUGUAUAACCUCACUGUUUUCUGCUAUCACUCGCUCUAUCUUCCUUUCCUCUAUGUAACUUUUCUAGCUGAUUUUUUCCAGGAGGAUGAUUUUCUUUUGGAAAACGCAUAUUACUCCGAGAUGAAGGAUGCUGGGUUUUUUGAUGCUGAUUGGGAUUAGUCGAUUUACAAUUUGUGCAUAGGUAGAAUAUAGACUUAGGCUUUGUUGUACACUCUGUAAAUUAACUUAAAAAAAGAAGCUUCUCUUGGAUUCUGCGC